AUGGAAGCCAAAACCCUAAUUUUGUCAUUUCUCUUCAUUGUUCUUACUCUCAGAUUCCUAAUCGGAAUAAUCAAGCGAAAACCAAACCUUCCUCCGUCUCCGGCAUGGUCGUUACCGGUAAUCGGUCACCUCCGUCUUCUCAAACCACCGAUCCACCGUACUUUCCUCUCUAUCUCCAAAUCUCUCGGCGAUGCUCCGAUCUUCUCUCUCCGACUCGGAAACCGACUCGUUUUCGUGAACUCAUCACACUCGAUCGCCGAAGAAUGCUUCACGAAGAACGACGUCGUUCUCGCUAACCGACCUAAAUUCAUCCUCGCCAAACACGUCGCUUACGAUUACACAACCAUGAUCGCAGCUUCGUACGGUGAUCACUGGCGAAACCUCCGCCGUAUCGGCUCCAUCGAGAUAUUCUCCAAUCACCGUCUCAAUAGCUUUUUGCCUAUCCGCCGGGACGAGAUCCGGCGACUAGUAUUACGUCUCUCCAGGAACUUUUCACAAGAAUUUGGUAACAUUGAUAUGAAAUCAAUGUUAUCUGAUUUAACAUUUAACAACAUUAUAAGAAUGGUGGCCGGAAAACGUUAUUACGGUGACGGUGUAGAGGAUGAUCCGGAGACUAAACGAGUCAGGCAGCUUAUUAAGGAUGUUGUGGCUACUGCUGGUGCCGGAAACGCUGUUGAUUAUUUACCGGUGUUGCGUUUGGUUUCGGAUUAUGAGACACGGGUCAAGAAAUUGGCGGCUCGGCUUGACGAGUUCUUGCAAGGACUGGUUGAUGAGAAACGAGGAGCUAAGGAGAAAGGGAAUACGAUGAUCGAUCACUUGCUUUCGUUGCAAGAGUCUCAACCAGAUUACUUCACGGAUCGAAUCAUCAAAGGAAACAUGCUUGCCUUGAUACUAGCAGGGACUGAUACAUCCGCGGUUACAUUGGAAUGGGCAUUGUCGAACCUGUUGAACCAUCCAGAGGUGUUGAACAAGGCGAGAGACGAAAUUGAUAGAGUUGUCGGUUUAGAUAGGCUUAUUGACGAAUCCGACAUAUCAAACCUGCCUUAUCUCCAAAACAUUGUGUCUGAAACGUUACGUCUAUACCCUGCGGUCCCAAUGCUUCUUCCUCACGUCGCCUCGGAAGAUUGUAAAGUCGGAGGAUACGAUAUGCCACGAGGAACGAUACUACUAACCAAUGCGUGGGCUAUACACAGAGAUCUUAAGCUAUGGGAUGAUCCAACUAGCUUCAAGCCAGAGAGGUUCGAGAAAGAAGGAGAAGCUCAUAAGCUAAUGCCGUUUGGGUUAGGAAGAAGGGCGUGUCCCGGUUCUGCAUUGGCUCACCGGCUAAUAAACCUGACUCUUGGGUCAUUGAUUCAGUGUUUGGAAUGGGAGAGGAUUGGAGAAGAAGAAGUUGAUAUGAGUGAAGGCAAAGGAGGUACAAUGCCUAAAGCCAAACCUUUGGAAGCCAUGUGCAGAGCACGUGCCUCUGUCGCUAAAUUCUUCCACGAGACCGCUUGA